CGCGAGACUUGAAAGUUUCUCUCGAUCACUGUUGCCAGAUCUCGCGAUAAACAUUUCCGCCAUUUAACAACUGUUGGAGACUGAGAGCAAGCAACAGCAAAUGUUAAAGCAAAUUCUUUCCUGCUUUUGGUCUUAAUGAUGGUCCAUGCAGACGUGUCUGUUUUAGCCAUCAAGGAGCUUGAAGCGGUGACGCAGCACAGGGCGCUCCUCCAAUAGUAGAAAAGAAAACAACGCUCACGCGCUAUUUAAAGUCAAGCAGUUGAGUUGGAGAGUGAAAGUGCCAAUUACUUACCAGGAGGAAGACGCUUUAUCCUUGACUUUAUCAGGAAUUUGGCGACACAGAUGGCGGAUUCAAACAAGCAGUUGACGUCGUUUUUCAUAGAGGACAUUUUAUCCUUAAAAGAGGAUAAAAAAGAUGACUUCUGCAAUUCUGAGAGCGACAGAACCGACAAAAGAACAGAUAUCUCUGUUUGUCUGGAUUCUGAGGAUAAAACAAUGUCGUCGACAGAGAUGACAGGCGGCGGCGUGAAAAAGAAGCGAUCGCGCGCCGCAUUCACGCACCUGCAGGUGCUGGAGCUCGAGAAGAAGUUCAGCCGUCAGCGAUACCUGAGCGCGCCCGAGCGCGCGCACCUCGCGAGCGCACUGCACCUCACGGAGACUCAGGUGAAAAUCUGGUUCCAGAACAGGAGAUAUAAAACCAAACGGAGGCAGUUAACGACUGAGCACGCCAAGGAAUACUUUCAGAAAUCGGACGCGAGCGCUAUGGCUGCUACAGAGGAGGACUUUUUCAGAGCGUCACUUUUAGCGACAGUCUAUAAAUCCUUUCCAUACCGGCCUUACGUGUAUGACUUGCACGGACUGAGAGUAUGGAGACCAGCACUGUGAUCACAGGGAUAUUAACCUGGACUUUGGGAAUUUUCUCAGAUUAUUGUGAAUAUUAUGGUGUUUUUUAAUCUUGUACAGCUUUGCAUUCUGUGUAAUAAAAUAUUUUUUUCACACUCCAGUGACAA